AUGACACCCGUGCCGAGCGCCAAAACGCCCAUCAAAAUCGAAGAGGGCGCUUCUGUCGCCGAGUUCGGCCCGGAAGAUAUAGUGUCUGGGUGCAAAGUCUAUGUGUCCAAAGAGAACAGCACGCGGUUGGCAGAGAUCUUGCAAAUCCACUAUAAGAAGGGCCACAAGCGGUUCUACGUCCACUAUCAGGAUUACAAUAAGCGGCUUGAUGAAUGGAUCACGCCAGAAAGAGUCGAUUUCCUGCGGCCCAUGUUUUUGCCCGAGGAGAAGUCCGAGGAAAAGAAGCAGGGAAAGCUGAGCAAGACCAGCAAGACCAGCAAAACGAGCAAAACAAGCAAAACAAGCAAAUCCAGCAAGGCAAGCAAAGACUCGGUCCCACCUCCCCUGCUGGAAGGAACACCGUUGGAAAACGAUGAGAUGGACCUUGACAAUUUGAACGUGCAAGGGCUCAAGUCAGAGAAUGAAAAAGUCAGUCGAGAAGACGAGAUUGAAAAGCUCCGAACAAGCGGGUCGAUGAUCCAAAACCACUCGGAAGUGGCACGUGUCAGAAACCUAUCGUCCAUCAUUUUGGGCGAACACAUCAUCGAGCCCUGGUAUUUCUCGCCGUAUCCAAUCGAACUCACAGAGGAAGACGAAAUCUACAUCUGCGAUUUUACGCUUUCGUAUUUUGGGUCGAGGAAACAGUUUGAACGCCACAGAGCGAAAUGCUCCAUGAAACAUCCACCCGGGAAUGAAAUCUAUCGUGAUGAAAAGGUGAGUUUCUGGGAAAUCGACGGACGCAAGCAGCGUACUUGGUGCCGGAACUUGUGCUUGCUCUCGAAGCUAUUCUUGGACCACAAGACACUCUACUAUGACGUUGAUCCGUUUUUGUUUUACAUCAUGACGAAAAAAUCAAAGCAUGGCCAUCAUGUGGUGGGUUACUUUUCUAAGGAAAAGGAAAGUGCCGAUGGUUACAACGUUGCAUGUAUUUUGACACUUCCGUGCUACCAGAAAAUGGGAUUUGGAAAGCUUCUCAUCCAAUUUUCAUACAUGUUGUCGAAAGUAGAGAACAAGGUCGGAUCACCUGAAAAGCCGCUCUCGGACUUGGGACUUUUGUCUUACCGUGCGUACUGGACUGACGUAUUGGUGAAGUUGUUGGUGGAGCGGUGCAAUCCUCAUUUGUACAAGAAGAAUAACAUACACCACGAGGACCGGGACUCGUUGCUGCCACCGCCAAGAACGGGCACUCUGCCGCCUGAAAUCACCAUCGAGGAGAUCUCCUCCAUCACCUGCAUGACCACAACUGACAUUCUUCAUACGUUGCUGACGCUUCAAAUCAUCAAGUACCACAAGGGGCAGCAUAUUAUUGUUAUUACAGACCAGAUCAUGGCAUUGUAUGAGAAACUCACGAAAAAGGUUCGUGAGAAGAAAAAACAUGAGCUUGAUCCAGCCAAACUUCAAUGGACACCGCCGUCCUUCACAGCCAACCAGUUGCGGUUCGGAUGGUAA